AUGCAGCAUGUCGUUCAGCUACUUGACCAGUUGAUCAGCACAGAAGAGCGCAUUAACGACAUGGUUGCAAUAAGGAACACAGACAACGAGGUGCCUUCGAAAUCUAAGAACCUUCCAUGGAAAAGCAGCAGAGGCGAUGAAUGUAUGUUUUGCGCGUCGCAGCAUCACAAGUCGUCGAUUUGCACACAGUACGCCACCAUACCGGAACGACGCAAUAUAAUGCUGGAACGCAAACUCUGCCUCAACUGUGGGAAACCUGGACACUUCCUCAAGGAAUGCACAAGUCAGGGAUGUCGUACCUGUCAGGGUAAACGACAUCAUCAUACGCUGUGUCCACAGCGUACACAGGGUCAGAAGAGUUUUAACGUAGCCCCGGCGCAACCUACGAAAAAGGCUCCUCCCAAGGGACCUUUGCCUAAAUCGCCGACUAAAUCAUAUGGCAUGCAUCAGCGUGCCAGGGAACAGCCUAAGCGAGAGGACACGCAUGUUAACCCAAUCCAGAUCACUAGCAUAGGAGAUACAACGGCGCAGGACGACGAACCUGUUGUACCGCAGGAGGCGGUAGUGAUGCAGUCCGCAGGGAGUAAGGAAGCACACAGGGAAAGUGUGUCAUUACUCACGGGCUCCGCGAAGAGCAUGGAGGAUCAAAAUACGCAACGCCUACAAGCCGAUUAUGACGCCCUCCUUAGGGCCCUUCCGCCUCUACCGGAACCGGAAGACCUCUAUGCAAGAAUUAUCCGAACGUGUAGACAAUUUUGGGUCUCGUCAAAAUCCGUCGACAACCUAGGAUUGUGGAUACGCUCGAUGAGGACCUCGCAAGAUUCACGACAGGAACGUUACGCUUUAUAUCGGUUAUUAGUAGAGACGGUCAAUAGGGUCAGGCUCGAGCUUUAUCUCGUACGAUCACAACUCGCUACUCUCUGGGCUCUUCCAAGCCUUCUAAUUGCAACGCACAAGGUCGAACCUGAAGUAUGGAGAAUGAUGAUCAACAGACAACAAGAAGACGAUGACGGAAAACCAUUGCUCGUCAACAACAAGCAGCUGGAGCAAGCUAUACUCGACAAGCUUGGCAUCCUGGAGGAUCAAUGCGCCAACUUACGCGAAUAUGGUGAUACACUCAGGCAAGAGGAUCUUCAAGAAGACCGACACUUUCGUGCUCAAGUACUUGCGGAGUUGGAAUCGCUACGAUGUCUUAUCUCUAACUUCAUCACUCAUUCCGCUGCCUCGGAAUCAGCGGAACACCGCGUCGACGACGACACUGAUAGAAUGGGAGCGAUGAAACAACAGAUCUACAACCAAGUGGACGAAUCCGAGGUGAUCCGGAAUAACGAGCAAUUUAUGGAGCAGCUGAAUGAAUUUGAUGAAGAGCCACCAAUGGAGAAUGACCUCGUGAUGAUCGAUGAGGAGGCGCAAAUGGACAACGAAAGUGACACCGAAGUUUCUAAUGAAGAGCAAGAUCUUCACAACGAAGGUGACGCCGAAGUCCGUAAUGGAGAGCGAGGUUUUGACAACCAAAGUGACGCCGAAGCUGGUAAUGGAGAGCAAGGUUCUGACAACCAAAGUGACGCCGAAGGUGGUAAUGAAGAGCAAGGAUUCGACUACGAAAGGGACGCCGAAAUUCGCAACGAAGAGCAAGGGAAUGGCCCCGACGGAGAAGAAGGCGAAAUACGCAAUGAUGCGCAGGACGUUGGACCUCGACGACCAGUCCAGCAAGUUCGUGACGAGAUAGCCGACUUGCGGCAGCAACUGCGACAAGCAAGACAAGCAAUGCUAGACUUCCGAAUGAUGAUCAACGAGCUAGAAAACAGGGAACGGUGUGAAACAAGAAAAUUCGACGGAAUAAUCCAGAACCCUAACGAACGCUUCAUGCCGUGCGCCUUUUGCGGACGAAGAGGGGAUCAUUAUUCUGAUUCUUGCUUAGUGUACAGGUUCACGGGAGAACGGAAAGAACGCGUAAAUCUAGCACACCUAUGCACUAUGUGCCUCGACUACGACUGUCCAGGAGGACGACGAUGCUUGAAACGCAACACGAGAUGCUACCACUGUGGACGUAGUGGGCACAAUUCUGCGCUGUGUACCCUGCCAGAAAAGAGCGUACGUAUCAACGAUGAGCUGGAGCUAUUACAGCGACGUUACAGUGACGCCCUCGGCUGUGUUCUCAGAUUGGAAAGGAAACUACGAAGACGCGGAGUGGACGUGUGA